AUGGCGUCUGUGGAGGCGCUUCUACGUCUGCCCACGGACGAGGCGCGAUCGUGCCCUCCUGUUGACACUCCAGAGGAGGUGUUAGACGCCCUCCGCCAGAUGGAGACGAUACUGCGCAAAUGCCUCUACGCUGUGCGCUACGCGCUGGUGGACCCAUUCACAGCUUUUCUUGACCUGUUGCUGCAGCUGACCCUUGCUGACUGCGAGCGUGUCGCACAGGCGCUGCUCGCGCCCGCCGAGGAAGGACGCUGCAUUGACCUCCUGGCGAGCCUUUGUGGCACCCUUUUAAUACCCGACAGUUACAACUUUCGCCACAGUAUCAACAUGGAGGCGUUCUUUGAAUUUGUGCAGUUACUCUGCGCUUCACCGGUUCUAAAGGACCCACUUGGUGCGGCGCUGAUGCCGUGCCUGCUGGCGUUUGUUUACGAGGCUGUGACAUGUGAAGACGAUUAUCGGCAGCCUCGCGCAGGCGCAAGUUUGCUCAUUACACUCAUCCGCGGCUCCAAGGCAAACAAGAACCGUAUGAGCAUUGAGUGCGGCCGCAUCGGGGAGGCACUGGCGAAGUCCAGCGACAUAUUUUUUCAAAUGCAAUGCGUGGAAGUUAUGUUUCGCCUCUAUACACAUAACCGCACAGCGCUGUUAACGUCGACGCUGCCGGAGUUCUUCAAAAAGGGUGUCGCGGAACUUCCCAACGAUGCGAGCCUUUUAACGAGCAUUCAGUCUCUUCUUGACGUGUACAAUGUGGAGUACCGAAAUGUGUCUCUCCUACAAUUUACGGCACUCCUUAUUGAAGUGGGGAGCACCGAGGUAUGCGGAUGCACGAACAUGUACUUCUCCCCGCUGAUUCUUGUUAUCAUGCUGCCGGGGCGCAUGGGCGACAACAUCACCAUUCCAUAUGAACACAUUCGUUCCGUGAAGCUAUCAAAGGAGCGGAAACUCGGCCUUCGACUUCAUGUCAUACCGGGAAAGCUUUCCAAUAUCAUGAACGAGAAGAAUGGAAGAGACACACUUAUGAUUUCUUUGACCCAAUCAACGUUCAGUGCGUUGAGGUCAUCCGGUGUCCAUCAGUGGAUCUCUGACAGAAAACGACGCGUUCCCUUCAGUCGUAUUCAUCAACAGAUGGAGGCGGCUACAGCAGCAGCAGCAGCAUCAGCAGCAGCACUGCCUACUUCCUCUUCGCGAAAAAACUCCCUUGCAGACACGGAGACAUCUGGUAAGGAUGAGAGUCAUCUUGUCUCUAUGCCUGUUUCAGGCCAGGCUUCAGCGCGUGGUUCCCCCAAGCGCGGAGGAGUCGACAAUGAUAAUAAACCAAGACAGAAUUCUCGCUCUGGGCCGUCCUCACCACAGAAAAUGGAGAAGCAGCAGCCGCUCUCUGGGGAAGAGGAGAAAGAGGACGUUCUUCGCCAGCUGCGCGCGGCAGCCGCUCAAAAGGUUGCGCGAAUGCGUCAGGACUGCCAAGCGGAACUGCAGUGUGCCGUUGACUUCAUACAGGAGGAACUUGAGAAGAUGCAUCGGUGCAACGCUCGCGAGCGUGAUGACUUUGAGGCCACUGUGCGUGAGGAUCUCACAGCCAUUCGACGCGCCGAGGCCCAAGUAAAGGCACACGCCGCUGAGCGUGUUCAGUCGCUCAACCAGGAGUUGACAGAGGUGCAGGCGCUUGGCGAAAUGCUCAAGGGUGAAGUGAAUAAACUCCGUGACUGCCUCGCCGCGACGCUACACCGCUCCGAGGCGGCAGAGGAGAACUCACUGGUGCGGCUUAAAACGGCAGUUGAUGCAGACGUGAAGGCCAUGGAGGAGACGCUGCUGCAGGUGAUGUCGGCAACGAGUCCACUGUCCCUCGUGACCACGUACCUCUCACAGAAGGUUGGCGGCGCUGCCGCGUAG